AUGUCCAUCCGUAACCACACCUUCCAUUCGGUCAAAGCCUUGCUUGUUAUUGGCAUGGCCACCAUGAUGAUCAUCAUGACUCUAUCGUCUGUGGUUCUCGGAGGCUUCUCAGAUUGUGAUGGAGCACCAAACUCAAAUACCAUCUAUACCAAGCCUCCUGUAUUUAUUUCAUCCACAACCAAUGGUAAACGAUAUCUGGCAGGCAACGGAGAUGACUCGAUUCAUCUUGUACAUAUCUAUGGAACAGCCUAUGAAAUGGGACGUGCCUAUGGUCAAUUGAUGAAGACUGAAUUAAAUCAGUUAGUGCCAGCCUUUGAAAAGUAUCUCGAUGAUUUCAUUGUGAAUGCCACUAUUCUGGACAAGUUACCAAGAGAAUGGGCUGAAUACAUUGUGAAAUUUGGCUUGGAGGCUGCUCUUGAUCUUAAUUAUGAAUUUACUAAAUCCUAUGUUCCUCAAAGAUACAUUGAUGAAAUGAAAGGUCUCGCUGAUGGAAGUGGAAUUCCUUUCAUGCACUUUGUUCGAAUGAAUUAUGUUCCAGAGAUUAUCCAAGCUGGAUGUUCAAUGUUUGGUGCUUGGGGAUCUGCCACUGCUCAAGGUAUGAAUGGCAGUUUAUUGCAGAUUAGAGCUUUGGAUUGGGAUGUGAAUUCUCCAGUUCGAAGUUGCAAAUCAUUUAUUGUAUACCACCCAAGUGAAGCCAAUUCUCAUACUUUUGCUAAUAUUGGAUAUUGUGGCUUGAUUGGAUCAAUCACAGGAUACAGCAAUUCCAGUAUUGGUAUUUCUGAAAAAGUCUGGUUGGAACAUCCUGAAUAUAACUCAAGAAUUGGAAAGCCAUGGACCUUUGCAUUGCGUGACACUUUACAAUUUGCUUUUGAUUUGGAUUCUGCUUUGACUGGACUUGUCAAUACUGAUAGAACUUGUUCUAUUCACGUUGGUAUUGGUGAUUCCAAGACGGGUCAAUUUAGAGGUGUUGAAUACAGUGCUAAGAAGCUCAAUAUUUAUAACUGGAUGACUCAACCAGCUUAUCCACAACAUCCAGCAUUGCAAAAUAUUGUCUAUUGGGAUAAACAUCCACAACCUACCCAUCAAUACUGUUUGGGAGCAUUGCUACAACGAUAUUAUGGUCAAUUGAAUGUUGAGAAUGCAAUUCAAAUUAUGGCCAAUGCAGCCACUGGUGAUGUUCAAGCUGCUGUAUUUGAUUUUGCUAAAAAUCAAGUUUAUGUUGCCAAUGAGAGACAAAACGGUUUGCCAGGGCCAAAGUUUGCUUAUCAAAGAACCUUUAUCAAAUUUGACAUGAACCAAAUAUUUGCAGAGAGAUUGAAUUAA